AUGGCACCCCUGACAAAAGACGAGGUAGACGCAAUUCUUGAAGAGCUGAACCCGUCGGUGAGCACCGGUGAACAAAGGACUGAGUUUGGAAAGGCAAUCUACAUGGCUCUCUUCACAGCUCAUCCGGAAUACAUCGGUCUUUUUACCAAGAUGGAGGGACUGACGAAAGACACCGUCGAAGCCUCAGAGGGGAUUAAGUACUACGGCCGGACCUUUACAGACUCCAUUUUGGAAAUGCUUCAUAGUGCUUCGGAUGAUGGCGAACUGGAAGCCGUGUUGGAGAAAAGUGGCAAAGAACACACUACUCGAAAUGUAACAAAGCAACAAUUCCUGAGUGCUGAACCAGUCUUCAUAGAACAUUUCAAGGGAGUGCUAACAAAAGAAGCGAACAAACAGUCUAUGGAGAAGUUUUUCAAACACAUCAUACCAAAAAUUGCCAAUCAUCUUGACUAAGUGUGUUCAUUGUCGUAGUGUCGGUGAAACUCGACCAUAAUUCAAGUCAACCGCUUCACUUAUCUUGGAAAUAAACAAUGCUUUUUUGACAAAUAUGCUUAC